AUGAAUAAACUAGAAUUGUAUCACAAAUCUCAUAGUUCGGUGAAAAAAGAUGCUGGACAAUUGUUAAGAAAAUUUGCCUCGAAGUUGCAAUGGCGUCCGGACGGCGGCGAUAGUGUCUUAGAAAUUGGUUGUGGACCAGGAGAUGUUUCUAUGGAUUACGUCUAUCCCUUAAUGCCUGAAAAUAUCGAAAAAUUGAUAUUCAGUGAUAUUUCAUCGAAAAUGUUGAAUUUCUUCGAAAAUAAUUAUGAAAUUCCAAAAAAGUGUCAUUUGCGGAUUAUUAAUAUUGCCAAGGAAAAUUCAUUACCCCCAGAUAUGUUGGGUCAAUUUGAUCAUGUAAUAUCCAGUUUGGUACUACAUUGGAUACCAGAUAAUAGAACGGCAUUGGAGAAUAUUUUCAAACUCUUGCGUCCGGAGGGCGGUGAUUGCAUUUUAACAUUCUUUGGCUACAACAACAUAUUCGAGGCCAAUCACAUAAUUAGUUCCACUCCAAAAUGGUCUCCAUAUAUCAAAAAUGUAAAUCGUUUUGUAUCACCUUUACACAAUUGCUCAAAUCCCAAAGAGACUUUUUGUAAAAUGAUGGAAGAUUUGGGAUUUUGUAAUAUUAGCAUUGAGGUGAAGGAGGGAAUUUAUUAUUAUGAUAAUUUUGAAAAUUUUAAAGAAAAUAUAAUUCCCGUUUGUGGUAUUUUCGAUUUCAUUCCCAAAUCAUGUCAUGACGAAUUCUUGGAAGAUUAUUUCACGGUAAUGGCCGAAACUACUGCGAAAAAACGAGGAUUGUCUUUGAGGGAUUCAAUGUAUGCCGUAGCUUCAGAUAUGUUUGUGGUAUAUGCUCAAAAAAGGAAACAGGACCAAACAACGAAAUAA